AUGGCUAACCGGGGAAGAUUGCCACAGCGGACACCAGAUUUGGACUUUUACCUGCACCGCGUUUUCCGAAAGAAGUCCUUCCGACCACUCCAAAGAGAAGUCAUUACCGCAGUCGUGGAAGGCCAUGAUGUAUUUUUGCAGGCAUCUACCUCAUUCGGCAAAAGCCUUUGCUUUCAACUACCUGCCGUGAUCGGCAGCGGUUGUAUGUAUCACCAACAUGGUUUUACUCGGGAGCAAGAUUUAGCAGCUGACUUCUCUCUCCUCUCAUCCUCGAUUCUAGUGACUGUUGUUAUCUGUCCCCUGCUUGCAUUGAUGGUGGACCAAGUCAAUGCUCUUCAGGCUAUCGGCGUACCAGUUUCAACCAUCAAUUCUAGUACUCCGCUGGCAGAAAGGCGUGUGAUCAUGGAUGACAUGCUUUCUGGACAUCCUCGAACCCGUCUCCUCUACGUCACUCCAGAACUUUGCCAGACAGAUAGCUUCCGGCGCAAUCUUCAGACCGUCCACCGCCAAGGACAGCUCACCCGAGUCGCAAUCGACGAAGCUCAUUGUAUCAGUGAAUGGGGCCAUGAUUUUCGCCCAGCAUAUCAAGAGCUAGGAUGGUUCAAAAAAACAUUAACUGAUCCCCCUGUUCCAAUCACAGCACUAACGGCCACUGCCACGCCUAGGGUAAGAUCAGACAUUCUCACAAUGCUAGGACUUGACUUCACCAAGCUCAAACUCUUCAACACUCCAUCUGCGCGCCCAAAUAUUCAUUAUGAAGUGCGAUAUUUUCAAGAAUAUGUCGAUGAUUCCGAACCUGCAGAGGGUACUCAAAUACAAAACCUCUUGUCCUGGCUGAAAGCAAUUAAAACCAGACGGGAAGCCAGAAUAGGCCCAGAAGAAGCAGCGCGACUCCCACCGAUGUCUGGUAUCAUCUACGUGGGGCUACGCGUGGCCUCAGAAAAUCUUGCCAGUCAACUCAAUGCCGAGGAGAGUAUCUCUGCAGUAGCCUACCACGCAGGGCUCACGUCCCAAGACCGGACCCGCAUCCAAGCGAUGUGGACUUCACCACAAUCCCCUCCGCCAGAAAACAACGGGAAACCUUCACCGACCUUUUCGAUCAUUGUCGCAACGAACGCCUUCGGAAUGGGCAUUGACAAUCCCCAUGUACGGUUCGUUGUUCACUGGACACCCCCGCGCAGCUUUGAAGGUUUCGUCCAAGAAUCCGGCCGAGCAGGGCGCGACAGCCGCGCCGCAUCUUCUCUUGUAUACUAUGACCCCCAGGAGCGGGACCGCAUCUACGAGCGCCUGAGUCGCGAUGCAGAAAAUGUACGCAAUCGUGGCGGAUCCAAGCCCUUUAUUGCGGGUCUCCUCAAGAAUCAGAUGGCCCGGUUGGAAAGCUUCCAAAAAGUCAUUCGAUAUUGCGAGACGGCAACGAAAUGUCGGCAUGAUAUGAUCAAGGAGUUGUUUGGUGAUUUUGAAUUGGAAGAAAUGGGUUCGCAGCAGCCAUCUUCUACGCAGGGACAUUUUAGAAAGGAUGGCGUCCCGUUACCAGGCUCCUCGCCUUGUGACUUUGCUUGCGACUUUUGCAAAGAGGGCCGAGGGGGUCUGGCUAAACGCAAGGCCAAGCUGACCUCGGAUACUCUUCAUGAUCUUAUGAUGGAUCGUAUGAAUCACCUUUAUGAGGGCUAUGUCUAA